AUGGGGGUGUGCCGGCUCUUCGGCGUGUUGUGGAGGUGCGUGGUGCUCCUGUCUCUGAGGCUCUUGUUCCUUGUGCCCGCAGGGCUGCCGGUCCACAGCCAGGGGGAUUCCCAGUCCGACAACAGAGUCAUGGACAACAUCACCGUCCGGCAGGGCGAGACGGUCUUCCUCAGAUGUGCACAGGGGGACAUUGUCACACACACAGCCUGGCUAAACAGGUCGAGUAUACUAUAUGCCGGAGAAGACAAAUGGUCGGUGGAUCCGAGAGUGAGUCUGGUGACGCUCAAUCAGGACGAGUUUACCAUUAAGAUUGAAAAUGUGGACAUGACAGAUGAAGGGCAGUAUGUGUGCGCUGUCCAGACAAGCAGUCGACCGAGGACCACAUCCGUUCACAUCCUUGUCCAAGUGCCACCCAAAAUCAUCAACUUGUCAAAAGACAUUGUGGUAAAUGAGGGCUCCAAUGUCACGCUGAUGUGCCAAGCCAGAGGCAAACCAGAGCCUUCCAUCAGCUGGAAACUCAUCUCUCCUUCCUCAGGGGACCUCGCAUCGGAUGAUGAGUACCUGGAAAUCCCGGCCAUCUCGCGACAGAGAGCAGGGACGUAUGAAUGCACAGCUGUCAACGACAUCGACGCAGACGUCCAGACCGUAGACAUCACCGUCAACUAUGCUCCAAGUGUGUCGGAAGGCAGAGACGUUGGAGUGACUCUGGGCCAGAGAGGUGUUCUGGAGUGUGAGGCUGACGCAGUGCCGGAGGCAGAUUUCGAGUGGUAUAAAGACGACAGAAGGAUCUUCAAUGGCUUUGAUGGCAUGGAGAUUGAGAAUUCUGGAUCUCUGUCCAAGUUGACCUUUUUUAAUGUGUCUGAGGGAGAUUAUGGCAACUACACCUGUGUUGCCAUCAACAAACUCGGGACCUCAAACACAAGCUUUCUCCUGUAUGAGGUAAUUGAACCCACUAGCUCAACACUGUUGCAAGGUUAG